AAGACAUUUAACAUUUCAGUUCUCCUUGACAAAGAAACAUGUCAAAUUCAAAGGAGCAGGAACAUGGAACCAUUUUCAGUUGGCAUGACGCUUGGUACCUAACAUACGGGAUAGUAAUGUUUCUCAUCCUCUCUAUUGGCUUCAUUGGUAACGCGCUGACGGUUCUCAUCUUACGCAAACCGGAGCAUGUCCGUAAAGCUCUGACCCCUCUCAUGAUUAACUUGUCUAUAGGAAGUCUCAUCAUCAUUGUGUUGGGAUAUCCGGUCGUCAUGACUCUUCUCUUGACUGGGGGACAAGUUGGUGAAGACGAUCCGACCUGCAGGUGGAACGCCUUCAUCAAUGGAACCGUAGGAAUCUCGGGUAUCAUCACUCUGACAGAGAUGAGCCUGGUCAUCAACUACAGCUUGCACAAGGCAAACCCCAACGUUCGACUCUCUAACAAGAAAAUAGGAUGGCUGAUCGCUGGCAGCUGGUUCUAUGGACUGCUAUUUAUGUCUCCGCCGUUGAUAGGCUGGAGUCGCUUUGCCCCAGGUGCCGCGCGGAUCAGUUGUGGACCUGAUUGGACAGACAAAUCAACUUCAGGGAUGACAUAUAGUCUGGUGUUGGUGGUGGUUGGCUUUUUCCUUCCUCUUUCGGUAAUGUGUAGGGCUUACUACGGAAUCUACAGGUUACUGCGCCGUGAAUUAUUCACCCCUGAGAACCGAGACUUUCGGCUGCGACAAAAGCUGUACAUGACCAAAGUAGUGCGCAUGACUGUGACAGCCAUAAUUGUCUUCAUGCUAAGCUGGUCGCCAUAUUGCUUCGUCAGCAUCGCCGCAGUUUUCAAGGGCAGUCACGUGUUCAACAGCGGGGAAGCCGAAAUCCCUGAGCUGAUGGCUAAGGCUUCUGUAAUCUAUAACCCUAUUGUGUACGUUGCAAUGAACGAUAGGUUUAGAGGGAGUCUGACGAGACUUAUCUCCUGUAAAAUUCAUUCUUCUGUGGCGCCUGUCAGACGGAAUAUAUCUCCGCGGACAUACUGUGAAAAUAUCGAGUAUCAGGACGGUAAUGACCGGGUUAAUAAGAGAAGAAGGCACGUGGCUUUUGUUGUGAAACCGCUGAAGAAGAGGGAUUCCUUCACUGGUAUGUACGUUGUGGAUAUUGCACAAGUGUCGUAGCUGAAAGCGUGGAUAUCUAUAUUCCGAAACAUGAUCUAUACCUGCCAACUUUUUCCGGAAGGAGUAAGAUUCUUAUCCUAAGAGUGGUGGGGUUUUCGAAGAAGACCCGAUCAUAUCCGAAGAUGUACGGAGAUUUCUGAGGACAUCCCAGGGAUUUACGGGGUUUGGAACAUUUCCAGGAAUGUUGCGGCCAGUACUUUUAACUACCUAGAAAAUUGGAGAACUGGGCAAAUAUACUGUCAUUUACACAAACCUUAUUUUUCCACUAUAUAUAUCUUCGAGUAGGUGUUAGCUAAUGAUGUAACGGCUCAAAUUUUCUUAGCUAGUUUGAGAGUUUGGUUCGAAGGCGUCAGUUGGCAUGGCAUCGAAGUCUUCGAACCCCUGGGCGACUCCCAUAUAAAAAGGCUUGGGGUGCUCGUCGGAGAUUUCGAAAAAAACGGUAAGAUGAACCAAGAUCCUGUUUUGUGAGCGUGGCUUGAAAUGAUUUUCACCCCUAAGAGGUAUCAAUUCUAAAGCUACACCGGCAUUAACUGUCACUGACCUUUUUUCGGCUCAAUACCCUAAAAGCUACCACAAAAAACUCCCGCUGUGUACCUUUUGAGGUUGAAAAUCCUAAGAGGUACUAAAACCGCUUUUUUAACCCCUACGAAUUGCGACGAGCACCCCCGUCCUUUUUCCAUGAGAGUCCCUUGACCCUAAUGAAUCAAAGUCAUUUCUAAAGUGUGAGAGUUGGCAGGUAUAACAGACUUUAACGAAAGCAAUAUCUAUUUGUAUAUUUACGUAAAGUACCAUGGCGAAAAUCCUUCACUUUCUCAACGAAAUUCUUUGCCUAAAUUCUUUGCUGUAUUUCGUCUUCGGUCUGUCGUUUUUGUAGUUCAUUUAUAAGGCCUUUCUUACACGUCUCACGUCAAACUGUCUGUAUUACAUUUCCAUGGUAAUAUGCUCCGUAUAUUUAAUGAUUUCACCUCCUUUAGAGAAAAUUCUUCCAAAGACAAACAAAAUUGUAAACAGAUCUCAAGACAUUGAUUUACCAAAUAAGGUCAGCUGUCUGUUAUGCCCUGAUAACGGAUGAGAAGAGAACCAAUAGGAGGGCUAGAAAUUCAAUAGAUAGUUUGACUGGUUUCUUCCCGUGUUAUCACACAGGUUCUGCUGAACUAGCUUGAAGUCCAGAUUGAACCAAUAUUGGUCGAGUUCCUAUUUGCAUCUUUAUGGACCAAGCCGAUGAAUUUCAAGGUUCAUUAACUUGCAGAAAAAAAUAAAGAUUGAGGCUAAAAUUUCACAAUAAUUAUAACCAAGAGACUACGAUAGAUAAUAGUUUCUUGCUAUAGCGACAUGCUCUAUAUAACCAAGUUAGAGAAAAUGGUAUAACUAAAUAAAUAAUAAAUACAUCUAUUUUAGGCAAAUGCACUCGUUAAAGACAAGCACUAGUUAGUUAAAGAGAGAUUGCUUUUUUUGGCGCGAAAUCGUCAGAGAAAAGUUAUGACUUAUCGGCAUUACUACCUUCUUUAAGGUUCCAGAAAACUUAAACAGACUGAAAAUUUAGCGCCAAAACAACUCGAUCUCUCUUUAUCUUUCUGGUUCAAGUCGCAAGGCAGUGUUUAUUAUGAUUAUAAUAAGUAUCCUGUAUUCUCUCUCAACGCAUAGAUAACCGCUAUUAUAAAUGAAAGGUUAAACAAAACUGUCUGCCAGGCACAACUGAGAAAAAUUAAAGCUUGGCAGUGUAAUACUAAAUUAGCUGCUGCGCUGAUUAUCAAUCAGAAGAGAUAAAUCAAGUCCCUAGAGCGAAUCAGUGAUGAGGACCUGCAUGCGAGAGAAUGUGGUAUCUGUGAUACACGCUUCCUUAUUCUGAAAUAGCUAGUAUUCCAAACUAGCAGGUCUCAGGCACACCUUCAGCUCAUGACAACCAGCAAUUGCAGUUUUGUCUGUCGGUUGACAUGUAGGCACUAUUAGCGUAAUCAUUCAGCCAUUUUGAACACGAAAAAAAUUGAUUAAUAAUGGUAAUAGGACUGAGUGGAGUCCAAUUCGGUCUGUAAUCAUACGAGUGAUUAACAAAAUCGGACGACCGCGAAGCGGGAGUCCGAUUUGUUAAUCACGUGUAUGAUUAAAGACUGAAUUGGACNGACGCGAAGCCCUGUUACCAAUUAAUCAAAACUAUGACAAAAUUCGAGAGACGAACAAACCAUCGAUUGAGCGCUGAACGAUUUUAAAACGUCGUUAUGUACUAAAUGCUG